UUCUUCUUCUUCUUCUUCUUCUUCUUCUCCUCUUUUAUUCAGAACUCCUCCUCCUCUGCAACUGGCAAACUUCUCAUCCUUCUCUACAUCUUCCACACCAGUGUCCUCUCACUUUCUCUCUCUCUUUUACUGCUCUUCCCUCUCUGCUCCUUCGCCUUUGACUCAUCAUGGCGUCCAAACUGAACCCCAACGUCCUGUAUGUGGCGGAGCCGGGCGAGUCGCUGGGCUCGCCCCAAGCAGACUCUGAGAGGACUCAUAUUGCUGGAGAAGCUGGAGAAGAGUCAUCAGACAGCGACGGGGAACAAGAAGAAACGUCACACAAACUGAUCCGCAAAGUGUCGACCUCGGGACAAAUAAGGGCCAAGAAAAGUGUGAAGGAGGGAAUCCUGUUAAAGCAGACCAGCUCCUUCCAGAGAUGGAAGAGGAGGUACUUCAAACUCAGAGGAAGGACCCUCUACUAUGCCAAAGACUGCAAGUCUCUGAUUUUUGACGAAGUGGACCUAUCAGAUGCCAGUGUGGCCGAGACCAGCACCAAGAACAUCAACAACAGCUUCACGGUGAUCACUCCAUUCCGCAAAUUAAUGCUAUGUGCCGAGAGCAGGAAGGAAAUGGAGGACUGGAUCAGCGCUCUCAAAUCCGUCCAAAAAUGGGAAACCUAUGAGGCCAGCCAGUUCAACAUGGAGCAUUUCUCUGGGAUGCACAACUGGUACGCCUGCUCGCACGCCAGACCGACCUUCUGCAACGUCUGCAGAGAGGCUCUGCCAGGCGUCACCUCCCACGGCCUUUCCUGUGAAGUUUGUAAAUUCAAGGCUCAUAAGCGCUGUGCAGUUCGCUCCACCAACAACUGCAAAUGGACCACACUGGCCUCCAUAGGAAAUGACAUCAUCGAGGAUGAGGAAGGGGUGUCCAUGCCUCACCAGUGGCUGGAGGGCAACCUGCCGGUCAGUGCCAAAUGCGUGGUGUGUGACAAGAACUGUGGCAGCGUGCGCCGGCUGCAGGACUGGCGCUGCCUCUGGUGCAAAGCCAUCGUCCACAACAGCUGUAAAGAACAAAUGGGCAAGGUGUGUCCCUUGGGUCAGUGUCGAGUGUCAAUCAUCCCUCCCACUGCACUUAACAGCAUUGACUCAGAUGGCUUUUGGAAAGCCACCUCCGCGUCAUGCUCCAGCCCUCUCCUCGUCUUGGUAAACUCCAAAAGUGGAGACAACCAGGGGGUCAAGUUCCUCCGCAAGUUCAAGCAGCUUCUCAACCCAGCUCAAGUCUUUGACCUGAUGAACGGAGGACCAGAGCUCGGCCUUCGCCUUUUCCAAAAGUUUGUGACGUUUCGUAUCCUGGUGUGCGGAGGAGAUGGGAGCGUGGGCUGGGUGCUCUCAGAGCUGGAUAAACUCAACCUCCAUAAACAGUGCCAGCUCGGCGUGCUGCCUCUGGGCACAGGUAACGACCUGGCUCGCGUUCUGGGCUGGGGGGGCCUCUGUGACGACGACGCUCAGCUGCUGCAGAUCCUGGAGAAGCUGGAGAGAGCCACCACCAAAAUGUUGGACCGGUGGAGCGUGAUGACAUACGAGGUGCCCACCACCAACAAACACACGCCCAUCGUGAAGGAAGACGACAGCCUCGAUUCUCCUCUGCAGGUCCACAUCACUCAGUAUGCAGACUCCGUGGCCUCCCACCUCGCCAAGAUCCUGGACUCGGACAAACACAGUGAUGUCAUUUCCUCUGCCAAGUUCCUGUGUGGGACGGUGAACGAUUUUGUGGCGGAGGUGGGGAAGGCGUACGAGAGAGCCACGGAGAACAAGGAGGAGGCAGAUGCGAUGGCAAAGAAGUGUGCGUUGCUGAAUGAGAAGCUUGAUUCCCUCGUCAAGGCCUUAAGCGAGGAAGCGGAAGCCCAGGUGGUGCCAGCAGGUUCAGUGCCCAGCCAGGAGAGCGGAGGCUCCAGCCCCGGUGAAAGUGGCGGUGAGUCGGGUUCAGAGGGCAAAACAUACCGGUCCAAGGAGCAGCUGAUGCUCAGGGCCAACAGCCUGAAGAAAGCCCUGAGGCAGAUCAUCGAACAGGCUGAGAAAGAUCACCGAUCAUUCGCCGUCAUCAUUUCAGUGGUGGACGAACAGAACCGACACACACAGGUCCAGAGGAUGUCGUCCUCGUCCUCCAUCAAAAGAGAAAACAGUGAGGAGCUGAAGGAUGCUGAGCCACGUCCAGGAGGUUUAAGUCCCAUCUCGCCCAUCGUCCUGGAGAAACCAGAGAGCCUCAACACCGUCACCUUCAACGAGGACUCUGUACAAUGUUCAGAGAAGUGUGUGAUGAACAACUACUUCGGCAUCGGCCUGGACGCCAAGAUUUCCCUGGAGUUCAACAACAAGAGAGAUGAGCACCCCAAGAAAUGCAGCAGUCGCACCAAAAACAUGAUGUGGUACGGGGUUCUGGGAACCAAAGAGCUGGUCCAGAAGACGUACAAGAACCUGGAGCAGAGAGUUCAGCUGGAGUGUGACGGCGUUCCCAUGUCUCUGCCGAGUCUGCAGGGCUUGGCUGUGCUCAACAUCCCCAGUUAUGCAGGUGGUAUCAACUUCUGGGGAGGGACCAAGGAGGACAAUAACUUCGGGGCUCCGUCGUUUGACGAUAAGAAGUUGGAGGUGGUGGCUGUGUUCGGCAGCAUGCAGAUGGCCGUGUCCCGAGUCAUCAAUCUGCAGCACCACCGCAUUGCGCAGUGCCGUCAGGUGAAGAUCACCAUCCUGGGGGAGGAGGGGGUUCCCGUGCAGGUGGACGGAGAGGCUUGGAUCCAGCCGCCCGGCAUCGUCAAAAUCAUCCACAAGAACCGGGCACAGAUGCUCACCAGAGACAGGGCCUUUGAGAGCACGCUGAAGUCGUGGGAGGACAAGAGGAAGAUCGACAGCUACCGUGCCACCAGGCCCCGCCUAAACUCCCAGCAGUCCAUGGAGUACCUGACUGAGGAGGAGUGCGCUCAGGUUCAGCAGCUGGGCAUGGUGGCCGACUCCCUCAUCAACAAGAUUCGCGAGGCAGCCAAGACCCACAAGCUGGUGGAGCAGGAGUUGGCUCACGCCGUCAACGCCACCGCCCUGGUGCUCACUGAGGCCAAACUGUCCAGCCCUGAGUGUCUGAGUCGCAGCACAGCGGUGGAAAUUGUCAACAGCAGCAAAGUUCUCCAGGCUGAGACCAAGAUGCUGCUCGAUGGAAAACUACUGUCGGAGUCUCCACAGGAAGAGGAGCUGCGGUCGACUCUGAACAGCCUCAGUGCCGAGCUCCACAAGCUGGACGACAUCCACUGGAUCUGUCCGCUCAUGCAGUGCUCUGAGGAGGACUCGGUGAGAGGCAGCAGUAAGAGCAGCAGCAGUAUGAAGCUGAAGAUCAUACCCAAGGUGAAGAAGGAAAGAGAGAAGCUCCACAAGCAGAAGUCCAACAGCUCUCUCUCAGGAACUUGGGAUAUCAAAGGUGGGGCCAGUGAUGCAGAUUGCUCGGGCAAUUGAAGUCAUGCAUGAGGUGCUUUAUUACCACCCCAAUUACCCUGCAAAGCAGAGGUGAGGAACACCCCACCUGUUCUCCUCCCCUCUAACCAUGAUGCCCAGUGGCUUGACAGAGAUGUGAGGAAGAAAAGGAAAACCAUCUUCCCAACUUUUAUGCCAUUUCCUCCCUGUUUUACUUCUUUGUUCUCUUUUUUUCGCAAACAGGGAGGAAUUUUUUUUCUUGUUUUUAUCUAGUUUUUUCUGAAGGGGCUUGGCUUUGCAUCGCAUCGCUUUACCAUCGGCGUUGUGCUUUUGGUUCUGUUAACCUGCUUGAGCUAGGAAGUGGGCGUGGCUAGCAGCAAAUCAAACAGUGGACAAGGGAGACGUGGAAGGUCGGCGUUCUCCUCGCAAACUUUUUUUUUUUUUUUUUUUUGACAAAGAAAUGUGUUUACGUGGUGCUCUCCUUGCAUGUCGAGUGCGGCCAUCUUAUUUUAUAUCUAUUAUUAUAAGUUACGGUUGUUUAAUUUUUUUCUCUCUAACUUUAAUUGUUUUAUUUCUGAACUUAUCCUUUAGACUUUGAUUUUUCUCGAGACUAUCUAAGAGUAUUUAUUUGUUGUUGCUACUGCCAUGAGAACUCCAACGGCAACAAAUCAACAAAAUGAACAAACUGAAACAUCUCAACCUUAUGUCUACUGAACUGGAGAAUAUCUUAAAUGUUGCAAAAAAUAUACUGAGGAAUGUACUUGUGUGGACUUGUAUUAACCUGUGAAUAAUGAUAAUGUUAAACGAUAAAUCAUAUACUGUAUGAUUUCACAAAGGUUCUAUUGUUGUGGUUCUAAAGUGGUUCUUAAUAGGCUGUUGUGUGACUAAUGUGGUCCAAGGCUAUGCAGCCAUGCUGCAAAAAAUAAUGUUCUUUAUGAUGAGUCAUUUCAUCUAGAUUUCAGCCUCAUGAAAAGAUCCGUCUGUGGGAUUUAAAGUACGGUACAUCACUUAGUUGUUAUCAAGGUCCAAAAUGUUACUUGUGUGGGAGUCAAAAAAUCUUAUCCGACUGUGCUUUUUUUUUUUUUUUCCACUUCUUUUUUUGAGGAUCAUUUCAAGGUACAGCACUAGAUGAAAUGACUCAAUAAGUUAAGGUAUUUUUGGCAGUGUGUGGUGAGGGUGUUUUACAGAAGGAGGAAGCAUCAAGGACACAUUGACAAAACAUUACAGCUACUCAGCAUAUUACUCCUACUUUGCCAUACUUUUGAUUGUAUAUGUAAUAUAAGAAUAAGAGUCAGUGGACAUUUGAUUUUUGCCUUGUCUGUGGUUAAAAGCUAUUAUUAUCAUUACUGUUAUUACAAAUAUAUAUAUCUAUUUUUUUGUAUAUCUUAUUUUCCCAAUGGUAAUCUGUGAAGCUGUUCUAGCUUUGCUGCUUCCCCCUUUGAGAAACUCCUCGGCCACUGUGCAUAUAAUUGAAGCCAAUUAACGCUGUUCUGUGUGUCCCUGCAUGCAUACUUAGCCUUCCUUCGCCUCACAGUGCGGACUGAAGUUGCCUCAUAACAGUGAAUUUUAGCUCGUUUGUUCCAGCCAGUGGUAUUUAUGAGUAUUUAUUUUUAGUUUGUUUUAACCUGCUUCUCGGUCCAGGUUGUUGGGGUUUAACUGCAACAGACCACUGGAGACACAUGUAACUGAAAUGUUUAAACUUCACGAGAGUGUUUUGAUUUACACCAUUUCUUCCCACACAGUUCUCCAAGCAGAUUACAACAAACUCAACUACUUCAUAUAUCGGAAUCUUAAUUGCCCUAGCUACAGCUAAGACAAGUACGAGAAUGUGCCACUGUUUUGACACAGCUAAAAUACUGACGUUUACGAGUUCUAGAGACAAUUUCUACCCAGGUUUUACAGUAAUGAUCCUUUAUGGAAUACACCAGUAUUUGGGGAAAUUCACUUAUUUGCUGUAUUACGUCAAGAUGGACAAGAAGAUAUCUUUUUCAUCUUUGUGCACUCAGUAAAGAGGUAGAAAGAGGAAGCUCCGAGAUGUGAUUAGCUUAGCAACAAAUAAAAAAUAAAACAAACAAACAAACAAACAAACAGAAAAAAACUGGAAUAAUUGGGAAACGUUUUCAAAUUGGUUUUUGGAUUUUCUUUUACUACAGGUCAUAAAAUGUGUAUGUAUAUAUAUAUAUAUAUAUACGGUAAAAAAGACAACUUUUUUGUUGGAAGGUACUUUUGAUGAAGCUAGGCUAGCUGAUUCCUUUGCUUUCAGUGCUUUGUCAUAAGCUAGACUAAACAGGUCGAAGCUAACUGUGUACUGAACGGACAGAGAUGAAUUAUAGAUACUUCUAUCUAGCGCUAACACAGCAAAAAUGUGGAUUAUUGUCAGCAUUAUUUUAAAAGUUUUAAUUGUUCAGCUGUAAUGAAGUAUUGUUUACCAGUCAAGACUAGACUUGAGUCAAAUAGAAGCUACAAAUGUUUGUAAGCUGUGCAGAGUGCUAAUGGUGGAGUUCGUUCCAUCAUCUAACGGUCGGUAUGAACUAUGAAGAACCACAGAGAAGUAUUUUGUUUUAUACACAACUUGCCUAAAGUUGAUUUGUCAUGAGCAACUCCAACACUAACAUAUCAACAUCAUCACAAAUACACUUUGACCUAGUUCUGGUCAAGAUGGACAAAGUUAUUUGGAGCUUUAAAUUGAACAUUACAACCAAGAGUGAGGCUGUAAACAUGUAAAGGAUCAUUUCUGUGCUUCUUCCCAUUCACUGAAAGGGUUGGUUCUUAAUUUUCUCAGUUAUUUACACGUUUAUCGAACUAACCCGAGCUAAGUCUUGAUAGGGCGGAGUUACUGUGAGGCGUUGUAGAUGUUCAGAUCUGGUAGGAUUGUGUUACUGUAUCCAUAGUGUGCCAGCUAUACGCUCUACACCUUAGAGGCUUUAGUAGUGUCGUGCCAAGUUUGUACUGAGUUCAGUGGGUUAUGAGAAAUGUGUGUGUGUGUGUGUGUGUGUGUGUGUAAGGGUGUGAGAAUGUGUGAGCUAAUUUGCGCUUCAGUUGCGAAAGUUGUUGUAUGUCGUACAUUUCAAAGUUUACUGUAUCUUGCCUUGCACUUUACGAAGAAGCAAACUUAAUGGGGGGAAAAAAGACAUUUUUGUGUAUGUGUGCGUGUGUUUAAGAGUUCGAGUGGUUAAGAGUGAUUUGUUUUUUUAAAUUGAUUUAAUGACACAAUAUUUUAUUUAUGAGAAAUGUAUACGGACAAAAGUGUGUUGAUAAAAUGUAAUAUAUCUAACCAAACAUAAAAGAAUGAUAAAUAUAUUGAGAUGUAUACACAAAUGUUUAUUACAUCAGUGGUUGUACAAUUACUCUCACAGCAGCUUGAGACCUCCCAUUUAACACCAAUGUUCUUAUAUGUGAUUAAUGUGUCAUUCCACUGCCACAGCACUGUCUUUGAAAUGUCUUUCCAAUGUUACACCAAUUGGUAUUGAAAUAGUUUUCUUAAAAAAAUUUACCAAUGUUAAAGAUAUUCUAACCUUAAGCCAAAGUUCUAGAAAUUCUCCAGUGUUAUUACAGACUAUUAACGAAUCGUUUACACAGAAAAGAUGUCAUGUACAGCCUGUGUUUAUUCAAUAUUUGGGUGAAAUUUUUGUGUAUUACUUUUGAUCUGAUUAGCGUUCGUUGUGCUGUAAAUGAACACAAAGGUGUUUUGGGGAACACACCUUUGUGGAAGCCAUUUUGGGAUGAAAAACUAGUUGCCUAUGUUUAAUGGUCUUUUAACCAAUGAUUUCAUAGUUUGUUUGGUUUGGUUUAUUCCACUUUUUUUGUUCGUGUAAUUUUUUUAUUUAUUUUUUUUUUCAAGCAGCAAAAAUGGACUGAAACUCUUCCAAGGAGUUUCAGCUGAGUUGAGAAGCUGAGAAGAAAAUUGACAGCUGAGAAAUGAUUCCAAACACUCUACCAUGUUUGUGCAACAGUUUUCCAUAAGACAACAUUAGUGAAUGCCCCCCCCCCCCCGAUCUGAACAGCCUAUAUAUCGAGACUGUGUGCGCAAUGCUGGAAGCCAGACUAGAUGUUGCACGACCUUGUACGUUGCGAGGUGUUUUAUUGUGUUAUCGUGUGCAGUGUGUAACAAAGACAAAGUCAGCGCAACCCUUUGGAGAUUAAAUGAAUUAUUGAAGUGUGAAGCUGGUGUCAUGUGUUCAUACUUAAAAACCUCAGGAUACAUUUAACUCUGUCUGUGAUGUUAAGUCAAUUUCAAGUGCUGAUAUUUUGCUUUUUGUUGCUUGUCACUUUUUGUUUACCUUGUGCAUAGAGAGAAUACUAUAUGUAAAGGCCUCAGUAUGCUUCAAAUGACCUUGGUUGCACCAUGUGUCGUCUGACUGCAUCUAAUGGUGGAAGUGUUUAAAGUGGUUUUUGAAUAGCCACAUUCGAAGGUUGCCUCUUCAAUUUCACUCAGUGUUUUUUUUUCUGCAGAUUUUUGUAGUCUUGGCGUGAUGAAUUGCACAUCCACCUUUUCAAACACUUCCAGAUAGUCUCUCCUCUAAACCAUUCUUGAUUGUUCGACGUAGUUUACACUGUCAGAAAAUAGGUUUCAUACACUGUGAACCUUGAUUUCUAAUUUUGUCUUAAGGGGUUAUCUUAUGUGUGUAAGAUUAGUAUACUUGAAGCAGACUACUCGAUGCUACAUAGACCUUUUAAAACAGCAGUAUCGCAGCAAGAUGUUUUUAUGCCUUGCUUCAUUGUAGUGGUUUGGAAUACUAACAAUGGUAUAAGCAAUUUUACAAAAUUACAACAAACUUAUUAUUUCUGAUCUAAUCCAUACAUACAAAUGUAUUACUGUAUGAAAUGCUUUGAAAAUUUAACCUUUUUCAACACCAGGACUUACAUGUACAGUAAACCCCUGCUAAAGGACUCUCCCCAAAUCUCAGAAAACGCUGCAGCAGAUUUACAAAUAGGCGAUGAUAAACUUGACCCCACACUAGAAAUGUACAUGAUUACGUUCUUG